CACGUUGACCUCGACACAGCACCUCCACCCUGAAAACGAACAGGAACUAGGACCGCCAUGAAUAUUGUCGGCUACUCCGAUUCGGAAGGCUCGGACAACGAUGCGCCGGCCCCACCGCAACCAACAGUCAAGCCCACUCCCAAAAUGGCGUUCCAGAAGGUCGUCGACCGCACCAACCCCGGCACUAUCAAACUCAACCUCCCCUCAGCAGCAGGACCACACUCUGAGAAAGACGGGAUAGAAGCCGGUGCGCCCCCGGCAAAGAAGGUGCGCACAGGCGGGGCAUUCGGUGGAUUCAAUGCCAUGUUGCCUGCCCCAAAGAAGGCAGGUGCGACUCUGGGGACUACGGAAGAGGCAGCGCCUGCAAAGAAGUUGGGAGUAUCAAAGUCAAAGCCCAGCUUCACGUCUAUGAAGACGGGAGCCGAGCCCAUGUUCUGCCGAGAGCCAAAGGAGCCAGACUAUGAUGAGGCGGGAAAUCCAGUGAAAAAGGACCUCACAACACCAUCGUCGAGUCUGUCUUUUACAACUUCGGAACAAAGGGCUGAGCAGCUCAAGAAGUCUGACCCUGGAAUUAAGUUUGCUGGGAGAAAUUCAAGAUUCAUGCCCUUGUCCGCCGCCCGCAGGAACAAGAAUAAGCGCCCGAUCCCUUAUCCAUCCACUGCUCCAACAAACCCCAAGCCAGCCACGCCAUCCUUGCAGCCACAACCAGCGGCCGCAGUGAAACUAGUCGCCCUUGCAAAGAAGAAGGUUUCUCUAUUUUCUGCCUCCCAAGACGAAGUUCUUUCCCCGACUGAGAACCCGUCAAGCGGAGAGUACCAGCCUCUUUUCUACGGUGCGGAUGAGGGGGAGGAUGCAAAAGUACCAGAUCAGGCUGUUGAUGAAAUAGAUGGUUAUCAGCCAGCCGGCCAUAUUCCUUCAGCAGCCCUGGGCGCGUCUGCAGGCGCGCAGGACCUCACCAAUAUCGCGACAGAGCUGCAUCUAUCCGAGGCCGAGAAGCGGCAACUAUUCGGCCGCAAAGGGAGGGGGGAUAUUCCAGGUGGAGCCAAGAUCGUGGAGUUCAACACAGAUCGAGAGUAUGCCCACAACGAGGAGUUGCGCGCCCAAGGCGAGACGGUACAGCACAACGCCCUCAAGUCAAUUAGCGGAACAGGCAAGAACAGCUUGAAGAGCUUGAUAAAUGUGGCGACGACCCAGAAAGACGCCCUGGAGGACCACUUUGCUCAAGGAAGACGGAACAGGAAGGAGGCCGGGAACAAGUAUGGAUGGUGAGCGACUUAGGAGACUGGGAACAGCUCGAUAUUCUUAAUGCGGAUGCCAGGGUAAUAUUCUCGAAAAGGAGCAUGGAAAUCGUGUCAAGAGGCACUACUAAUUGGGCCAAGUUUUUCAUUCACGGGUGGAAGGCUUCGACACAAUGCCGUAGAUAUUUUCGGCCCCCGAUGAGACGGAUAUGUCUGAUGCCUUUUGUGAAUGUCCGAGAAGUUUCUAGGCAACCGUUUGAAGCCUCUGGGCUCUGUACAAGCAAUUGGUAACUUCUCGAAGCGGAUUGGAGAUGAUGGAGUGCUUCUCUCCAUUUCCAUUUCUUUUCCUCGUUAAUUCCCCCAUCUCCGGGAAGUGCCGAAAAGAAGGACGCCUUGUUCUUGCAG